AUGUAUCCAGAAUCCAUAAUCUUUGAGGUACACCAUGGUGGCCGAUUUAAUAAGGAGCAUAGGGUCACAUAUGUUGGUGGGGACAUAUCACAUUACCCUGACCCAUAUGAUAGAGACGAGUUGUCUUUUAUUGAGAUAGAGAGGGUAGUUAGGACUUAUGGGUAUGGUCCUGGUGACCUAAUUUACUAUAAUCUACCUACCAAAAGUCUAGAUGAAGGGCUACGACUUAUUUCUUCUGACCAUGAUGUCAUUCAAAUGGUGGAACACCAUAGGGAGCAUGGAAUUGUAGAGUUAUAUUUGGUUUCCUUUGGUGUAGUAGAUGUAGAAGUAGAAGUACACGGAGAAGAGGGUGUUGAUGAUGAGGAAGAGGAAGACGAAUAUGAGAGAGUGUCUGAAGAAAGAAGUGACCCAUUAUGGGAUCAGGUUCUAAGUGAUGACUCUGAUGCUUAUGAUUUACAUGGAGAUGCAGAGGUGGGUUUAGAACAUGAUGAUGUUCGUGUAGAUGAAGGGUUUGGACUACAACCAGAAGAUGUUGUGGAUCAGAAGGUUGGAGUAGAAGCAGCAGUUGGUCAAGCAGAAGAGGGUGAGGGUGAGGGUGAGGGUGAGGGUGCGGGUGGGGGUCAGGGUGAGGGUUAUUCAGAUAUUUCCGGUAGUGAUGAACUGAACUCACCUAGUGCUAGUGAUGAAGAGGGUGUGGCUGAGGCUGAGUCUUCAAGACGGCCCUGUGUCACCAAGAGGGUUCCAUUUAGUAAGGAUGAUUUGGAAGAUCCGAAUUUGCAACGAGGUAACACUUUUCGGGAUGUCUAUGAGUUUAGAAAAGCCAUUAAGCAGGCCUCUGUAUUGAAAGGGAAGGACUUGACUUACCAAAAGAAUUCAAGGAGUAAAUGCAUUGCAGUGUGUGCAGACAAGAAUUGUAAGUACAGAGUUUAUGGGAGGCAGUUGAAAGAUGAGUCCACGUUCAUGCUAAUUUCAAUUAGGCCUAGACAUACAUGCCCUAGGAGGUACAAGAAUCACUUGAUCACUUCGAACUGGGUUGCCGAGGGGUGCAUGGACUGUUUUAGGGAUCAGCCGAACAUGCCUAUAGAUGUCCUGAAGAAAAAGGUGAAAAAGAAGUGGAAUGUUGAACUCCACAACAGUUCCUUGUAUAGGGCUAGGAAGAAGGCACAACAGACAAUUUAUGGAAAGUUGGGAGAGCAAUACUAUCGAUUAUGGGACUAUUGUGCAGCAAUUAGAAGCACAAAUGUUGGGAGUUGUGUAAUUCUGAUGGUUGAGAGACCUAUGCCCGAAGUGCCUUGUAGAUUCCAGAGGAUGUACAUGUCAUUGGCAGCCAUGAAAGAUGGAUUCAGAGAUGGGUGUAGGCCCAUCAUAGGGCUUGAUGCAUGUUUCUUAAAGGGAGUUUACAAGGGACAGUUAAUGGCAGCUAUUGGAAGGGAUGCCAAUGAUAACAUGUACCCAAUUGCUAUAGCUGUGGUGGAGGCAGAGACUAAGGACAGCUGGACAUGGUUUCUUGAGGCCUUAUUAUCAGAUCUUGGCCCUAGGGGUCCACAUGGGUGGACUUUCAUUUCAGAUAGACAAAAGGGAUUGGUACCAAGCCUACAUGAGGUGUGUCCUCAUGCUAAACAUCGAACAUGUGUGCGGCACUUAUAUGCCAAUUUCAAAGACGAUGGUCAUAGGGGGGUGUUAUUGAAGGACAUGCUGUGGAGAGCUGCUUCAUCUUACACACAAAUUGGAUUCUAUGCUGCAAUGGAGGAGCUCAAGGGCCUAAACCCUAAAGCACACGAGUACCUAGAAAAGGUUGACCCUAGAACUUGGUGUAAAGGAUGGUUCAACACAAGUACAAAGUGUGACCUUCUGCACAACAACUUGGCUGAGUGCUUCAAUAGUUGGAUCCUCAAGUUUCGGGAUAAGACCAUCCUAACAAUGUUGGAAGGAAUCAGGGGCAACUUAAUGAGAAGGUACCAAAGAAAGAGAGAUGCUAUAAGGGCCAUGGAGGGGAAUUUAGGGCCAAAAAUUAAAGAGAAGUUGGAGAUAGAGGAAGAUGAGGCCAGCCAUUGUACACCAAUAUUUGCUGGUGAUGGUUUGUUUGAGAUUGAAUGCAAGGGCAAGAAGUAUGUGGUCAAUUUGUGCCAGAGAACAUGUGGGUGUAGAAAAUGGGAUGUCUUUGGCAUUCCAUGUUGUCAUGCCAUCUCGGCAAUAUGGCAUGGUGGAGGCAACCCAGAGGAUUAUUUGAGUCAUUACUUUGGAAAGGAGAUGUACUUAAAGGCAUAUGCACCCAUCAUUUACCCUGUACCAAGUGAGGAGCAAUGGGUUAGGACAAAUCAACCGAAGAUUGAACCACCUAAGUUAAGAGCAACUAUAGGUAGACCUAAGAAAGUUAGAAAUAGAGGUACUGAUGAGACAUCAAAUCCAUACUCAAUUAGAAAGGGUGGCAAGAAGAACCAAUGUGGGAUGUGCAAGAAAUAUGGUCACAAUACAAGAACAUGCACUGUGAGGAUGAGGCAUGAUGAAAGACAACAACGUAGGAGAACUUCUACAGAGAACAUGCUGCAGAUACUGACUGCAAUAUUGACAGGGUAA